AUCUAUUUUUAGCUCAGAAUGUGAUUGCCUUGUGCAAGAAUCCAUUCAAGGCUACCAUGCUGUCGAGGUUCAACGUUUCUUUUCAAAUUCUAACACCAUAUUAUCUUUUCGAUUUUCAUAUACGAAAAUCUAUGUGUCUAAAACAUUUAAUAGAUUGUGAAAUUAGAAGAAAUUAUCGAGAAUAAUGCCGAAGGGAAAGAAGAAAGGAGGGAAGGGAAGGGUGUCCCAGCCACCGAGUGAUGAAGAGUAUGACACAGCUGACAAUGUCAGCACCGCCAGUGUUCUAUCUGAGGAACACAACAGUAUUCCAGAAGAAGAUGGUGUGGAUGAAGCUAGUGCUCAAGAAAACUUUGAAGACAAGCUGAAGGAAUGUAUAGAAGGAAUACUACAGAAGAGUGCACAGGGCAGAAAACUGUGUCUGGAGGGGUUGAUCAAAGCAUUAAGCAAAAAGUGCAUUUCAGAAUUUCUUCACAACAGGAAGAUGACAGUGAGUGACUGCCUGGUGAAGUGUAUAAAGAAGGGGAAGGGUGAUGAACAGGCGCUGGCUGCACAGUGUCUGAGCUUGAUGUGUGUCCAACUGGGACUAGACCUUGAGGAGGAAGUUCAGGCUAACAAGCCACAGCUCCUGGCCACCAUGACUGACAACAGUGCUGCAGUGAAAGGGAGAGCCGAGUGUGCACUGACUCUUGGAAUUUGUCAUUUUCUGGCUUGCAGUGACAUUGAUGAUGUUAUGAAGACAAUGGAUGCGUUGGAGGGUGUUUUCAGACUGUCCUACAGGAAGGGAGAUAAAAGCAUUCCUAAUCUUAAUCCUGAAAUGUGUCGAUUACAUGCUGCAGCUCUCAGUGCCUGGAGUCUACUGCUGUCCAUCGCUCCCCCAUUCUUAGUCAACAAACUUGUGGAAAGCCAUAUAGGAAAGCUGCCAGACUUGCUACUCAGCAAUGAUGUGGAACUGAGGAUAACUGCUGGAGAAACCAUUGCCCUAAUGUAUGAGCUGGCAAGGGAGGGAGAUGAGGAAUUUGAAGGGGAUGAUAUAGAUACAUUGAUUGACACAUUAAAGACACUUGCCACCGACUCGCAGAAAUACAGGGCCAAGAAAGAGAGGCGCCAACAGCGCUCCAGCUUCAGAGAUAUUCUUCGAACUGUAGAGGAAGGAGACUCCCCAGAAAAUUGUGUGAAAUUUGGGAAGGAGAAUUUUUUGAUUGACUCCUGGGUGAAACAGAACCAGUAUGAUGCUUUGUGUUUAGCUCUUACCUCGGGAAUCUACCAACAUCUACAGGAUAACAUCCUAGUACGAGAAGUGUUUGGCCUAGGUGAACCUCUCCUCCCCACUGCUCCUGGUUCUUCAUCUAAACCAAGCAAGUGGGAAAGAGCCCAUUACAAUGCUGCUGUAUUCAAGGCCAGAACUAAAGUGCGGUCCAAACACAGAGACAAGCGAACUGCGAUGAUAAAUGGGGAUUAACCAGACAUCUCUGCCAUGUACGACUGUGAGACUGACUGAUUAUUUAUGUAUAAAUGUACAGACCACAAUCUCAUUGAAACUCCAACAGAAGGCCGUACCAAUGGCGACGGUUCUGGAGCAUUUCGAUAUGACCAGCUGCGAGGUUGGCAAAUAAGGUGCCGAAGACACAAGACCAUGAUUUUAAUCAGAUUGUAUAUAUAAAUAUCGCUUAAUGAAAUAAUGAAAGGAUAGAAAGGUGUGUGUAAGAGUACAGUGAUGUUAUAUUAUCAGUUUUAUGAUAUUUUACAGUGCUAGUGGAAAACUUGAGAAUAAUACAAGUGGUCCAUCAUUUCUAGUUGGAGUAGAUGACAUGCUGGCUCAGUCGUCAUCAGUAUACAAUUUGUUUCUGCCCACAUUUUGAUAUAUUCAACAUAUAAUACCUGUCUGUCUAUACAAAUGAACUACUUUUAAAGGUAUAAUGUAAUCAAAAGACAUUGGUUUUACAAUAUUGCUAGUUGGGUUGAGGAAGCAUAAGUUGAAUCUCAAUGCCUGUGAUAAACACAACCAAAACUGAACAGCUUCGGACCUCAGUUUAAUCCAUUUCUCCUGUCGGAUAUGAAACUGGAUUAUGUUUUUUGUUUGUUUUUUUUUUUAACUUUCUUUGUUAACUUAACCAUCAGCAAGUAAAAACAAUAAACCCUGUAAAACAGGAUACAAAGCUGAUAAAUAUGAGAGAAAACAAGUCUGUUUAAAAAGAUUUUUUUUUAAAGAAUAAUGGUCUGCUGAGAUCGCUUAUUAGACAUGUUGUAAACAUCAUAGGAUUUCGCGAUUUCAAAUAGCAUUGAAUUUCUAACCUACAAUUAUUUUGAGAUAUGAAUUGAAGCUAUGGGAUAUAGUGACAGUAGUGUUAAUAUUGCUACCUGUUUGAUUCCGUUUGCAAUAAUAUGGUUUUUAAUUCUCUGAAGUUGUGGAAGGUCAUAUUUUAUGUUGGCUAAUGUACAUGGUAAUGUAUGAACAUGUACCAGUCAGGUAAAAUUUGGCAUUUUCUUGACAUCAGAAUUCUGACUCGACACAGUGAGGUCGGACAACAAAGACUUGGUAAUGGUAUUGACGAAGAUGAGAACUGUUAUUAAAUUUCAGGUGACCUUGAUUGUAGUAUAGGAUUGCUGGUGUAAACAGUAUAGGAACACUCCACAUCUAUAGCAAUCAUGGGUAUUGCCUACACAUUUUUGUAAUUUUCAACCAUGACAAUGAGUAUGCAGACCGUUUUUGUGAGGUCUAUCUAAAAAGAAAUUCCACAUAGUUAACUGAACGAUUUGUGUAGACGAUUGAAGUCUGCAAGGGAGAUAAUUUAGAGGGACAAUGCAGAUAUAGCCCUUACGUUUUAAUAGCCAAAAGUCGAAAAUAUUCAGUUACAAUUUCAUUAGUGGGUGUGCAUCCCAAAAGUUUUAUUUUAUUAACUGUAUCAAGUUAUUCAAACGCCAGGGUUAAAGAGACAUAUUUUACGCCAUCACUUUGAAGAUAUGUUUUCACCAUUUACAUUUAUUAACAUUUUUGAGUGAUUAAGGAAUUGAUGAAUGUUGUGUGGAUUGAAUACACUGUUUGCUUUGAAAAAUUGUGAUGAAAUAGUUCAUUAAAUUCUUGUUUAUGUUGAGUACCGAGGGUACUUUUGAUAGCCUGCGUGAGAGAAUGGUAGGGGUAUUCAUCAUUCAUGGUUAAAACACAUUGGUUUUGGUAGGAUUUAAGGUAAAUUUGAUGUCAACUAUGACUUCUUAUUAUUUGAUGUUCAACAUUUAUAUAUGAAUUUUCAAUUCUAUAAAACCAAUUUUUAAAAGAAAAAGAAUUUUUACUGUCGGGCUAUAUUUGAUUUUGAAUCUUGAUUGGUCAUAUUUAAUUCUUGGACACUAUCAGACUAAAACCAGCUGGUAAGACACACUCCUAUAGAAUGUCCUUUAUUGGUCCUAUUUGUUUAUGUAACCAAUGUGUAGCCAUGUCUGCACAGAUCUGGAUUGUAAAAUAAUGUCUCCGACUUGGAAAAUAAAAUAAUACUAAAAAUCUG